CGAAUAGACAGGAAGAAAACUCCUGUUUGAAAUUAUUGGCGCUUGUUGUGCUAGCCGUAGCUACGUGUUGCUAACGAGUUUCUUCUUAUUUUGGUCCGAGCUAAUUAUAUAAGGAAUAAGGGGUUGUGUAAAGACAAGCAGCCACUGUUUUAACAGCAGAAUUCAAAUCACGACAGCACCAUGGCGGAAAGUGAGGUAUGCAGCCAUGUUAAAGUUGUCGUUCGGGUUAGGCCGACCAACGACAUUGAGAAGAAGGAAAACUGUCGCAAUGUGGUCCAAGUUGUCGACAGCCACAUGCUUAUAUUUGACCCCAAGGAAGAGGACAUGUCCUGUUUUGGGGCACAAAGAGUUAGGGGUCGAAACCUCAACAAGAGAGCGAACAAGGACCUGAAGUUUGUCUUUGACCAUGUUUUCGAUGAGAACUCUACUCAAGUUGACAUUUUUGAGAACACAACUAAAGGAGUGCUUGACGGUUUAAUGAAUGGAUUCAACUGCACAGUGUUUGCUUAUGGUGCUACCGGAGCUGGUAAAACCCAUACCAUGCUGGGCUCACAGAAUGACCCUGGAGUCAUGUACCGCACAAUGAAAGAGCUGUUCAAACGAAUGGAUGAUGCCAAGGAAGAGAAAGAGUUUACGGUUGCUUUUUCCUACCUUGAGGUUUACAAUGAACAGAUCCGAGAUUUGUUGGCUAAUGUUGGGCCUCUUGCUGUCAGAGAGGACAGCUCCAAAGGAGUCGUGGUUCAAGGCCUCACACUCCAUAAGCCUAAGUCUGCAGAGCACAUUCUUGAGGCUUUGGAUUCAGGCAAUCGAAUCAGGACGCAACACCCAACAGAUAUGAAUGCCACUUCCUCUCGAUCUCAUGCUGUAUUUCAGAUAUAUUUGAGGCAGCAGGACAAAACAGCCAGCAUAAACCCUAAUGUCUGCAUAGCCAAAAUGAGCUUGAUUGACUUAGCAGGCUCAGAGAAGGCCAGCGCCACCAAUGCCAAGGGGGCACGCCUACGAGAAGGUGCUAAUAUUAACCGCUCCCUUCUGGCCCUUGGAAAUGUUAUAAACAGCCUUGCAGACCCAAAGAGUAAGAAGGCACAUAUACCAUAUCGAGACAGCAAGCUGACGAGGAUACUUAAAGACUCCUUGGGGGGCAACUGCAGAACUGUUAUGAUUGCCAAUGUUAGCCCAUCAUCCAAGUCCUACGAUGACACCCACAACACACUUAAAUAUGCCAAUAGGGCCAAAGAGAUAAAGUCCUCGCUCAAGAGCAAUGUUGUGAGUCUCGACAGCCAUAUUGGUCAGUAUGCUGUAAUCUGUGAGAAGCAGCGGCAAGAGAUUAUCCAGUUGAAGCAGAAACUAAAAGAAUAUGAGGCUAAGAACACAAUGCCUGUGGCUUCCAACGUCAUCUCUUCCCAGAAACAAGAAGAGUUCAAAAGAGUGUCAGAGGCUCUGCGGAGCAUCUUCUCCAGCCGUGCUCACAUCAGACGAGAGCAGCUGGACCUGGAGAGGCGACUGAAGGAGAAUGAGCUGCGCCAGCGCUACAGUGAGGAGAGUAACCUACAGGUCCAACAUUUCUGUGCCAAAGAAAAGAUGGAAAAGGCUACUUGUAAACACGAACGAAAAAUUGCCAGCUUACGCACACAGCACCAGCACAUAUCCAAACGUCUGAAGGAAGAAGAGACGCGUUUCCUGGAAAAUGAUGGCUUGCUUCAUCGCAUUGAAAAUGAGAUUAAGCUGCUAAAGUCAAAUAAUCCGACCUCAGAGGUUUUAGAGAAAGAUUUGCACUGCCACAGACUAGAGCUACAAGUGAAUGAUCUCAAACAGCACAUCAAGCAAAUGGUGGAGCUCACUACUCUGCAGGAUCAGGAGAAUCAGCGCAUGCAGAAAAUGGUAAACAUCCUGUUGCCUGCUUACAGUAGGCAGUACUCUGCAUUGCAUGGUGCUGGCUUGGUCAGUGUAGCAGAUGAGAUGGAAAACCAAGAACUGGAGCACGUUGUGUUACGGGAGCGAGGUGUGGUCUGGGCAGAUCAGGAAGGAACAGAGCAGCAAGGGAAAAGUGAAGCGAUUGGUGACAGCUCACUGGAAACAUGUCGAGCAAGAACAACUAGGCUCCACAACGACCUGGCUCCUGUCCUGUCUUUCUCACAUCUGCAAUACCACCAGAGUAGCCCCUGCAGUGCUGAGAGGCACACUAACAGAGCCUUACUCUGCAGUGCAGCCCAAAAACCAAAAGAUGGAGUUCAGCCUGAUAAUUUGGGAGACAAGCCGCUGAAAGUGCCCAGCAGGAGAAAUCUGUCCACAUUGCUCCCGCCAAAAAGCCCUCUGAACACUGUAAAGUCUCAAGCGUUCGAGGACGGCAUGUUCCCACUCCAAUGCACACCAGAACCUGCUCAGCAGCUGCUUCCCUGCUCCAGCUCCAUGGAUCCAAACGUGACAUUUGAAGUCGUCGACAAUGAAGACGAGAGUCCAAGCAAUGCAACCAUUAUUAUUAACGACAGUAGUCCGUGUCAAGCAUCGACAUCCAAAAACGUCUCAGGCCCAAGUCAGCCAAGGGAAACACACAGAGCAUCUGAGAGGAACCAGACUGCUGUCAAAAGACAAUUCGUCGCUCCUUUGCAAGAGACAAAACGAACGAACCCGACCUACAUGGAGAUGACAUCAGCUGCACAAGGAAAACGUAAACUCAACUGCAACUUCAACGAGUUCCAGGGUUCCACAGCAUCGAAACGGAUAAAGAAAGACCCCUCCGUCGUUCAGGGGCCCGUCAGAGUGCCACGUUUCACAGGUUCGGAGUACAAGCCCCGCAGAGUUGUUAGGAGCGUCUCCGAGGGAAACCUCAGUGGCAUUGAACGUCAGAAACACAAAUCCCUUUUCUACAAAACAUCCCAACACAUCAAACGAGUGGCUAAGCGGAUCUAAACACGUUUAGAUCAGGCCUUAGUGUUUUUUUUGGCCUUUCAUCUAAUUUUACCAGUGAUUAUUCACUUGAUCAAGCAAAGAUCUACCAGCAAAACAUGGUCUGUUGUGUAGAUUUGCUCCAGCAGCCAUGCUCAUGUGAUUUUUAAAUAAAGUGUAGAUAUUUGUUGUGUAGAUUAAUGUGCUUACUUUCUCUUUAGCUUUUGGAAAGCUAUUCAAAACACUUGUGCAUAACAUACACAAGAAAGCAAAGAGUCCUGUGGCUGAUCUUUCACAAACAUUUGCAACUUAGAGGAUGUAUGUAGAAAAAAAAUUUCAGAAGGCAGCUAAAGAAGCUGAUAUUGCUCUAUUUAGAGUGGUUUUGUUUGUCAUGUUUUAAAUGUAUGAAUAAUAAAACUGAUUUACUUUAUGUAGCUUUAAUAAGUGUUUGUUAUAGACCAGCUUGUUAUUAAAUGCAGAAAUCCCUUUUUAAAA